UCAAAACCUCCGUCCAAAAGUCAACUCCCCUUCCUCCCUUUAUCACCAUUUUCACCUCUUCCAACUAAACCCCCAUAUAUAUCCUCCAAUCCUCUUACUUCUAGUUUUCUUCCUAAUUAUUUCAUUUUAUUAUAAGUUUUUUUUUAGUUUUAUUAUGGGUAACGGAGUCGGCAAGCUGACCGUUUGCUUCACCGGAACAGCCGACAUCCUUCACCGCCGGAAAGAUCUAACCGCCGUUAUCUCCGACCCGUUAGACGACCUGGGUCACUCCUUCUGCUACAUACGACCCGAACAAUACCAAAUCUCAUCCUCCAAAGUCCACAGUGAAGAAACCACAACGUUCCGGUCAAUCUCCGGCGCCGCCGUCUCCGCCAACACCUCCACCCCACUCUCCACAUCAUUCCUCGAUGUUUACUCUUACAACACAAUCGAUAAAGCUUCCGCCUUUGAAAGCUCCACGUCUUUCUCUUCAAUUGCACUUCAACCCCUGCCCCGAAACUCCAUCAAUUCGGGUCCUUUAAACGGUUUUUCAGGUGGGUUUUCGGGUCCGAUUGAACGUGGGUUUUUGUCGGGUCCGAUGGAAAGAGGGUUUCAAUCGGGUCCGAUUGAUAAGGAUCAGUUCCAAAGAAGCUUUUCACAUGGGGGUUUUGCUAGGUUGAGAAAGGGGAGUUUAAUUCGGGUUAUUCGACGGGCGAUUUCAAAGACGUUUAACGGGCAGAAUUCGAGCGUUGCACCGAUGAAAAAUGUUGCUAAUUUGAAAGAUCAUGAUUGGAUGAUUGAGAGGAAUAAUGAACUGACAGUUAGUAGUGUGAAUUUGAGUAGUGAGGGUAGCUUGUUUGAUGAGGAUGGUGAGUGUUUGAAUGGGAAUAAGAGUCAGAAUCUUCAAUGGGCACAGGGGAAAGCAGGGGAAGACAGAGUACAUGUGGUGGUUUCCGAGGAGAAUGGGUGGGUUUUUGUUGGGAUUUAUGACGGGUUUAACGGUCCGGAUGCACCGGAUUUUCUGUUGUCGAAUUUGUAUGCAGCUGUGCAUAAGGAACUCAAAGGGUUGUUGUGGGAUGAUGAUCAAGUGGAUUCGUCCGAUUCCGUUAAGCAAUCUUUAGAUGAUGUUGACUCUCUUAUUAACGACGGAAUGAAAAAGAAUCGGUUACCGCGGUAUGUGCAUCAGCAGGAGAGUCACCCGUGUGUAUCCGGGGAUGUCGAGGUAAAAACGAGGGGGAGGGUUAGGAAUCGUGGUGUGGCGAAGAAAUGGGAGGAGAAUCAAAGGAGGUGGAAGUGCGAAUUCGAUAGGGAAAGAUUGGAACUUGAUAGACGGUUAAGAGAAUACAUGAAUUCUAACGGGUCGAAAUCUGUUAAUCAUUCGGAUGUUUUGAAAGCUUUGGCUCAAGGGUUAAAGAAGACGGAGGAGGCUUAUUUAGAUAUUGCAGACCAGAUGCUUGUUGAAAAUCCUGAACUGGCUUUGAUGGGCUCUUGUGUUCUUGUUAUGUUGAUGAAAGGGGAAGAUGUUUAUGUGAUGAAUGUUGGCGAUAGUCGAGCCGUUUUAGCUCAGAAACCUGAGCCGGAUAUAUGGAGACAAGAUCUAGAAAAGAUACAUGAAGAAACAUGGUACGAUCUCGAGGUUUUCGACGCUGAUAUUGCUACCACAGAUCCGAGUUUAACCGCGUGUCAGCUUAGCAUAGAUCAUAGUACCUCUAUCGAAGAGGAAGUUCAAAGAAUAAAGAGUGAACACCCUGAUGACGACAGCGCAGUGAUGAAUGACCGUGUCAAAGGCUCAUUGAAGGUCACUCGAGCUUUCGGUGCAGGUUUUCUUAAGCAGCCAAAAUGGAACAAUGCACUACUAAAAAUGUUCAGAAUAGAUUACGUCGGAAAUGCUCCAUACAUAAACUGUCUCCCAUGCCUUCACCAUCACAGAUUGGGCCCGAGAGAUCGAUUUUUGAUAUUAUCCUCUGACGGUCUUUAUCAGUAUUUCACAAACGAGGAAGCUGUAUCUGAAGUCGAGCUUUUUAUUCAAUGGUCACCCGAAGGCGAUCCAGCUCAGCAUUUAGUAGAAGAAGUUCUGCUUCGUGCAGCCAAGAAAGCUGGUAUGGAUUUUCACCAGUUGUUGGAAAUACCACAAGGGGAUCGAAGGCGUUAUCAUGAUGAUGUCACAGUAAUCGUGAUAUCACUAGAAGGACGGAUAUGGAGAUCCUGCGUGUAAUCGACACACACUGUAAACAUAUAAAUCCAGAAAUAAAACAGUUUUAUUACAUGAAAAUAGCUAGAUACUUGAGGCCAAUUGUUCAAUAUGGGAAGUAGAAUAUGUACAUGUGUAAAAACUUUAUUAUUCCAUGUAAUAUCAAACUGUCAUACCAGAAUUGCAAAUAUUCAAAUAAACAACUUUUGUUACAACAA